GUGCGGGAGAAGGCUGCCCUGGAGGUGCGACUGGCAGCCAUGGAGCGGGAGAGACAAGGCCUUUCAGAGCAGCUGGCAGAGGCCAGGUCAGGGAAGGAGACCCUGGAAUGCAGCCUGUUGGAGGCUCAGCAGCACUUGUCUGAGCUGGAGAUCAGCAGGAGUCAUCUCGAAACCCAGCUCCACGCGGUGGCGCAGGCCAAGGAGGUGAUCCAAGGUGAGAGCCUCCCGUUUCUGGUGACCCCGUGCCUGGGGAAGGUGGUAUGAAAGCAGCUCUCUGUCCGCAGUGCUUCUGAGGAGUGAAGGAGCUGGAGACAGACCCCUCCUCCACGGAAGCUCAAAGGGCGUAAGGUCAGUAAAGUCAGAGCCGCUGUUUGUGCAGACUCUGACUCUUGCCAUUUGUCGUGUUUGCAGGGGAAGUGAAGUGCCUUCAGUGGGAGCUGGAAGCAGAGAGGUCUCUCCUGAAGUGGGAACGGCAAAACAUGGCGCAAGAGCUCCUGCAGAAAGAACAGCAGCAUACUGACACCCUCAAAGUUCGGGAGGCCGACCACCAAGGGGAGAUAAACAAGCUCCUGCAAGACGUGCAGGUGAUUGCAGAAGGGCAGCGGCUGUCCUGGCUCUCGGAGAAGAGACUCCUGUCGCAGCGGCUGGAACGUCUGCAGCGAGCAGUUGCAAGGCUGGACCAGGAGAAGACGGAGCUGAAGCAAUACAGUGCCGAGCUCAGGAGGACUCUGGAGGAGGUGGAACGUGAACGGAGGAGGCUGAGGAGAUGUUGCAGAGGUCGGGCGCUGCCAGAUGCAGGCGGAUCUUCUCUCUCCGAGUCUGACCAGCACAAGAUGCUGGCGUCUCAGCAGGUGUCCCUUCCGCAGACGCAGCUGGCGCAAGACGGAAAAUAGAAGCGGGACUGGAUUGAGUGC